AUGCAGCUCGCUUGCGACUUCAUCGACAACUUCGCUCGUUCCAUGCCGCCACAGGAGGAUGCUACGACGAUAGGCUCACUCGUUGAUUCAGACAUCCGCGCCCAGGCUGUGCCUGUGACAGACAACAACAACAACACCCAGACCAUGUUUGACUUCAAGACACAGAUACAGCAAUUUCUUGAGUAUGAGAAGAUAAAACAUCGUCUGGGUGUCCCGGAGCGUUUGCGCAAAGUCGACGAGUGGACUGUUUUUACCGUUUCCUUCGGCCUCUGGGAUUUGUUGGAGUAUUCUUCUCUCGAGACGGAGUAUGCGCUCAAGGCAAUUGACAACAGCAUGGAAGGACUGUUCGAGAAUCUUGACCUGCUCGCGAAACAUGUGGCGGCACCGAUCAAGGUCGUCGUUCCCAAAUUAGUGGAUGUUACGUUUCUACCACGCGUCCAGUCGAUGAAAGACAUCAACAAAGAGCACUUCGCGGAGUACCAACACCAAUUGGUGUUUCUCUGGACCUACUGGAACACUGUUUUAUCACGAGCAGCAGCAAAGUGGGAGCACGGCGCGAUCUUUAUGCCUAACCCCAACAAUCUGAUCUUAGAUCAAGUCCGCGCUAAACAGCUGUAUUCCAAAAACCUAUCUGAUGCAUCCGGCACGGGCAAACAAGCACCUCUCUUUGAUUACGUAGAAGAGCCGUGCAUAAAGUCGAUAACGGAUGACAAUGCAAGGAUACUGCAAGCAGCUGGAGUCCAGAAGUGUUCCAAGCACCUGUUCUGGGACGACAUACAUCUUAGCGGGCCAGCGCAUCGACUAAUCGGAAAGGCAGCCGCAAGCCUGCUCCGCGGAAACCACACUGUCAACAUUGGGGCAGUGCAGGGUUCUCAUGGUGACAAGAAGGCUGCAGCAAAGGACAUGCCGAGUUUCGCACUGAAAUUCCCUCCGGGAUACGUCAAGUCAAACAUGCAAGUUGGCGAAGACAACCUGCACCCUUCGACGGAAGCCAGCAAGAUCAGCCGAAAUUUAAGGAAGAGCACUAGGGUUCAGAUACCGAGGUCUGCACCUACCAUUCAGCGCAACAAGGAAGAAGAGCAGCCGCCAACAUCACCACGAGGUGCCAGGAAGGGGUUCUCAUCUCUCGUAACCGAUGACAAUGCAGACAAAUUGAUGAGCGAGAGUCCGACGGACGUAAAGACUCCGGCGAGCACGGGGUCUACAGGAUCCGGAGAUCUCUCACCUCACGUCUGCCUGUGCCAGCCUGAACCGAAAAUUCCCCGCCCAAGGAACGCUUUUAUCCUUUACCGACAACACCAUCAGCAGAAUAUCAUACGCCGCAACCCCGGAUUGAACAAUCCUGACAUUUCCAAAAUCAUUGGUGAGCAGUGGAAAGCGGAGAGUGACGAGGAAAAAAAAGUUUGGCAGGACCUCGCUCAGGAAGAAAAAGCCAGACAUCACGAGCAGUAUCCUGACUAUCGAUACCAACCUCGACGAAUAAGUAAGCCUGGAGCGAGUGCCUCGAACCCCACCGGCCAACAUACGACUGUGGAUAAGUAUCGCUGCCCAAGGUGUGGUGGUCGUAGUAUCAAGACACCCACUAGCCCCUACCCUCCUGAAACUCAAGGCACACCCACUUUGCCGCCACCAAACACCUCAGAAGGUCUCACACCAACCACCCGCUAUCUGCCCAUGAUGAGUAGCCUGUCGCUAGAAUCACCAGUUGUUGCGCGUCGCGGCCCGGGCCCGUCAAGGCUCAGUAACAUUCAAGUCCCGCCGUCUAUCCGUGAGCAUGAGAUGUACAGCCCUCUCACACCAGGACAGAAGAGACGUCGAUAUGAUUAUGGACCUCCUCCGUCUGCCCGUAGGCCUGAAGGUCCUUACUAUCCUCAGAGUGCAGCCCGUCGCGAGUCACUGCCGCCCAUCCACGUGCGUGUGUCACCUCCGAAUACUGCUGGCAUGCAUCCUCCCUCGGCUCGCACUCCUCGGGAUGUACGCAUGCCUCAGCACGAGCUGCCGCGUAAAGGGUCGUCGGCCUCUGACAUGAACAUUGUUGUUCCCCAACAGCACGAUCAGAGCAGGAGCGUCGAAGCAAUGGUUCUCAGCGUUCCCUACCAAGCCAGGAUCAAACUGCUUGGCCGCAUCUGUGGUCCGCUGAAAGAGCCGGGCCCAACCAGUCCCGCUGCACAGACUCGCGGCGCCAUCAUCGCCGUCGAGGGCGACGACCUGAAAGCCGUCCAAGACCUUGCCGAAUGGCUGAAUGACUUCCUUGCAAAGGACGAUGAGUACACUUCGCGUCUUGCCGAGCCGCCGCGAAGCCCCGCCGACACCAAGCAAGAAGUCACGUUCGAAGAGUACCUCGACCUGAUCAAAGAGUGGCACGGCAAGUCCAAGGAGAUAACCCGCUACAUCACCACCCCGUCCACCCCCUCCGACGCCCUCACCCCCCGAGACGACGUCUCGGACACCCCCUCGCGCAAAGAAUCCGCCACUCCCCCGGACACCCCCCGCCCCUCCGCCUCCCCCAGCCUGACCCCCUCAACCCUGACCUCCGCCUCCGCGCCCGCCGCCCCCGCGCCCAAGAAACCUAUCGUCGUACUCCCCACCUUCCAGCUCCACGCCUCCGUCGCCUACGCCUCCCGCAUCCCCAUCCAGGACGCGUACAGCCCCACGGACCACUGGCAGUGGAUGGCGACGCUGUGGCGCGGCAUCGUCGGCCCCGAUCUCACGCUGUACGUCAAGUCGUACGAGCCCAAGGAGGCGCCGCCGGGGAAGAUGGUGGAGCUGGAUGAUCAGGUGCGGUGCUUGACGGUGCUGAAGGCGCAGGGGAAGCCGUUUGCGGAUGCGAGUUUACGGCGCGUGGGGUUUGAGGUGGGGGAGUGGGUGCGAGGGGUUGGGGCGAGGAAGGAGGGCUGA